AUGGACUGGAACCGCUUUGAAGAGCUGCUCAACAAUGUAGACAGCCCCACAAACCUCCACACUACUGACGACAUUGAUUCAGCCGUUAAGCAUAUCACCACGGCAAUAGUUGACACCGUAAAACUGACAUGCACACCCGCAAAAAGAUCUCUCCCGAUAGACUACAACUAUCCUCCACAAAAAAAUCACUCGACCUAUCAUCAAUUACAAAGGAUCAGCGAACAUAUCGAACGAGGAUUUGAAAACAAGCAGUACACUGCAGCAGUAUUUCUAGAUGUCGCGCAGGCCUUCGAUCGUGUGUGGGCUGAAGGCUUAAAAACUAAAAUCUUAAAAAUUAGCAUACCCUCUUAUCUCAAAGCCAUCAUCUUCUCCUUUCUCGAAAACAGAAGCUUUGAAGUCAAAGUCCAUUCGACGUUAUCUGACAUUAAAAAUAUCCGAGCUGGAGUUCCACAGGGCAGCAUCCUGGGUCCAUUACUCUUUAAUCUAUACACAUCCGACACUCCUGAAACUAACGCAACACUAGCUACCUUCGCCGACGAUACGGCCGUUUUUACUCAAGCUACAAACCUAAACGAGACACAUAUACUUUAUAAGGUCGUGCCCAAAAUUCACGCUAAGUUUACCCAAUUAACCCCUUUGAGAUUAAAUUCGUUUGUUAAAAGGAACAACAGCGUGCGGGAAACAAUUAUGUACCCUAGCCGUAUGAUGAACCUUAUUGUGGCCAUUCUGGCUUUUGUAACCAUAUUCUGUUUUACUUACGGACAUUUAAUAAAAAGUCAACGUAUAAUGGGAGGUAGUGCGGCAGAUAUGACGACGUUUUCCUUCCAAUUAUCACUUAGAUAUGAAAACGUUCAUCAGUGCGGGGCUGUUUUAAUUAGCGCUCAGACGGCUCUAACUGCAGCUCACUGUCUCUAUAACGAUUACAAUUUGGCAAUACAGGUGGAGGAUUUGUCAGUGUUUGGGGGAAGUGCUUACCUUGAUCAAGGAACCGGUGUCAAUCUCCGUUCGGUGGUAAAGCACAGUGGAUAUCUACCGAACAAACCAUUUGACGACAUCGCCGUUCUAAUUUUACAGGAUGUGAUUGGUAAUAAUAUGGUAUCACCCAUUGCUCUACCUACACCCAACGCGGUAAUAGAAGCAGGAAGUAAGGCAAAUGUUAGUGGAUGGGGAAGCUUGGAGCUUUAUGGAGAUAUGUCUAACUUACUUCAUUAUGUCGAAAUUGAAGUAGUUGACGAUAAUGUUUGCGUAGAUAUCUAUAGUACCAUAACACCUGUAACUGAUGAUAUGGUAUGUGCAGGGUCAUCGGAAGACGGGAAAGACGCAUGUUAUGGCGAUUCUGGUGGACCACUAACACAAAACGGAAUGUUAAUUGGAAUUGUUUCUUGGGGGCGAAAAUGUGGAAGUGCCAAAUAUCCAGGCGUGUAUACGAGAGUUGAUAAAUACCUAGAUUUUAUAGAUUCCCAUAUUAUAUAA